AUGGGCCUCCUAAACCGCCUCCGCGUCCCCGCCGCCGCCGGCACCUCCGAGAUGCACGGCCGCGAUGCCCUCCUCAACAACGACGACCUCCGCCCUCUCAAGCUCGCCGACCGCACAUGGAGCCAAUGGACCUACUUCACCUUCUGGUUCUCCGCCACCGCCACUGUUUCCAACUGGUACGCCUCCUCCACCGCCCAGGCUCUCGGCCUGUCCAUGUGGGAGUCCCUCGCGUGCGCCUUUGGCGGCCAGUGCCUCAUUGCCCUCAUCAUCACCCUGAAUGGACGCGCAGGCAGCUGCUACCACGUUGGCUACCCGGUCGUUUGCCGCGCUGCGUUCGGCAUCUACGGCGCAUGGUGGCCGACCUUCAACCGCGCCGUCAUGGCUAUUGUCUGGAACGGCGUGAACGCGGUGCAAGGCGGACAGUGCAUCUAUGUCAUGCUGCACGCCAUCAUCCCCGGAAUCGCAAACAUCCCCAACACCAUGGGUGAGGGUUCGGCCCUUACAACGUCGGGGAUGAUUGGCUUCGUCAUCUUUUGGCUCAUCACCUGCGCCUUCCUCGUCAUCCCCGUCCCCAAGAUGCGCGGGCUCGUCUACGCGAAGCUGUGCGUCUUCAUCAUCUCCGCCGUGGCCAUGCUCGCGUGGACAGCCACAAAGGCAGGCGGCCUCGGUCCCGUCGUCCGCCAGGGCGGUACCGCGACGGGGUCCAAGAGGGCGUGGCUCAUUGUGCAGUUCUUCAUGCUCGGCGCGGCCAACUGUGCCACCUUUGCGAGCAACGCCGCGGAUUUCCAGCGGUAUGCCAAGAAGAAGAACGAUGUCAUUGUCGGAAACCUCUUUUGUUUCCCCAUCGCAAACUUCAUUGUGGCGGCGGUGGGGAAUCUGGUCUGCGCUUCGAGCGAGUUGAUCUUUGGCGAGUUGAUUUGGAAUCCGGUCACGCUGUUGGAUAACCUUCAGACGGCAGAGUACACGGCGGCUAACCGAGCGGGGUGCUUUUUCAUCGCCGGCUGCUUCGCAUACUGCUGCAUCUUCAGUUCCAUCUUUGAGAACUCUUUGCCCGCCGGUAACGAUAUUGCGGCGUUGUUCCCCAAGUACCUCACAGUCCGAAGGGGUUUCUUCGUCUGUGCCGUCAUAUCGUUCGCCAUCAACCCCUGGUUCCUCCUGGGCUCCGCCUCUGUCUUCGUGUCCUUCCUCUCAUCCUAUCAAAUCUUCCUCUCUGCCAUUACGGGUGUCCUGCUGGUGAACUACUACAUCAUCGGCCGCGGCCGCAUCAGUAUCCCGGACUGUUUUACGUCCAUGAAGUCGGGGGCUUACCAUUACUCCCAUGGCUGGAACAUCCGCGCUUAUGUCGCUUACAUUGUUGGCAUCAUCCCCAACUUUUACGGUUUCCUCAACAACAUGGGCGUUUCGGCUCCCAUCGGCGUUACUAGGUUCUACUUCUUUGCGUAUUGGGUCGGGCUCUUCCUAUCCGGCUUCACCUUUUGGAUUUCCUGCAAGAUUUGGCCACCCCCCAUCAUGGAAGAUGGAUGGAUUGAGCCCAAGGAUUAUGUAAGGCCCGAAGAGCUGGAAAAUGAAGGGCAGAUUAUUGAGGCAGUCGAUAUGCCUCAAGGCGUUGACGUGGUGGACAGUGAAAAAGGUCCUAGAGAAAAGUUAGCGAAGGUAUGA